CUAAUUUCUAAAGAUAACAACAGUCGACUGGUUCUAGGAACCCAUCACGUGAUUUCAAGGCCAUCAUGAUCAUCUUCGGCUCCGUGGACGUUAGAACCAUCACCUUACUUGCCAUAUUAAUAUCAUGGGCGUCCAUCAUCACCUGCUACGUGCUGGCCGUCAGCCUUGGCCAUGUACCGGCGUGGUUGCCAACAAUCAGCGAUUGCGCUGUUGGAGCACCAGAGAAGUAUCUGUUUCGAAUAGGACUCAUCACAGGAGCAACAGCUCUGUUUGCCAAUGUUGUUAUGGUCUAUUAUGCUUUCCCUAAAUUUGUCCUACGCAAGCUAGAAUUAGUGGCUGGUGUAGCGGCCGCUGCUGGUCUCACUGUUGUUGGAGCAGUAAACGAGAAAGAAAACAACACAGUUCACAUAGGUGGUACUAUUGCGUUGUUCUUGGGAUAUGAAACUUAUAUGGUGGCUCUUGCACAGGAUGCUUCCAAAGAUUCCAAGAUAUCAUCUACUUCUGUUAUCAGCAAACACAUUUUUGCUAUUGUGGGAAUCGUCCUAUUGCUUGCUGCUGGAAUCUUCUGCACUGAUUGGAAGAAAUAUCGUGUUUAUGUGGCUCUCUGUGAAUGGCUCUACGUAUUUAAUAUUGAAAUAUUCAACCUGACACUUUUUGAAGACUUGCAAGGUCUCCUGCUUCUGGAAGUACAGCAAGAUGAACUCAUCUCUGAUUCAGUUCACCCUGAUGACAAAACACCCGUGGUUUGUGACAAAACUCUGUUUGAGACGUGAAAGCGUAAGUGUAACAUUUUAGGACAAGAUCUAUGUUGUGUACGAAGGAGUUAGUAGCACUAUAAAUUUUAUUAAUAUGUGCUUCCAGUUGCAAGGGAUAUAUAAAAUUUACA